CUCAUGAGUCAUGACUGUCCCGAAGAUAACAAACAUACUUAACUACCACUUGAUUUGGGUGUGUUUCAAGAUAGACUUCACACAACAAAAAUGGCGGUUCUAACAAUACCAAACUGUUUUCCAUUAGUCAACGGCCACCGGAGACGGUGGAAUAACGGUGGUCGUAGGUGGUGCAUAGUUGCUUCACAGCAAGAAUUGUGCACGGAAUUUAAGAAAAUAAAGAUAGAUAAAAGUGCUUUGAAGAUCGAAGAAGCAAGUUCAGAUAAUGAACUUUGGGCCACGUCACUUCUUCGUGUUAGAUCUUUUUAUGACUUUAAGUCAACCUUUGGCAUCGAAGAUCAUAAAAAGUACUUGGCAGAACAAGAGUUCACAGCUUUGAAAGAACGUCUUGCUGGUAAAAAGGAAGGUGUAAAAGUCUCUUGCAUCAAUGCCACACUACCAUUAUCACAAACAACGAGUUUUCCUGAAGAGCUAUGUUCUUCAUGCAAGUAUUCACAUGAUGGAGAGGAUCGAGUUGUUGUAGGGACUCUUAAUCUGAAUCGGUGUAUAAGUCUACCAAAUGAGAUAACAGGAAUGAAGCCACUGGGAAUUGGAGGUGAUUUUGCAAGAGCGUAUUUAAGUGAUGUAUGUGUUGCCAAUGAAUGCCAGAGGAAUGGAAUUGCUUUCUUCCUUGUGGAGAAAUCAAAAUUAGUUGCUCAAGAUUGGGGGAUUAGUGAUUUAUAUGUGCACGUGGCUGUUGACAAUGAGCCGGCCAAGAAUCUAUACAUGAAAUGUGGUUUUGUUCGAGAAAGCGAAGAACCUGCGUGGCAGGCAAGGUUUCUUGAUCGGCCCCGAAGGCUUCUACUCUGGAUUGGUCUUCCCCAACAAUUAUGAUUGGUAGGAAUAUCAACUGUUAAAAAGCAAUAAUGUUAAUUAUACUAAUAAUUUCGUUGGACAUUUUAGCUGUGAUUUCAUCAUGGAAAGGCAUAAGGUGGUUGUAAUUCAGCUAUCUGGCUAUUUAUUUGUGUAUAAAGUUUCCCUUAUUGUACAGGAUAGAUUUCCAAGGCCAAAUUCGGUAUAUGUAUGUAAUUUGUUUUAUGAAAAUCUGCUCAAUUAUUAGAAUUUGAACAAA